AUUGAACACUCGACAUCGGUGGCGAAAUCGGAAAAGGCGAAGUGAAACGGCGACCUAAAAAGGAUUAAGCCAACACUUUGCCACCAGUGCAAGGAUACUGCGCAGAGAUUCGUUCAGAGUGGCAGUGUUGUGAUAGUGAGGAGGUGAAAGAAAUGCAAUUACUUGGAUUGCAAGUGCCAGUUGCAAAUAAGUUUUGAGUGGGUUGUGUGGAAAAGAGGAUCCCCUUCAUGGAGACGGACGCUGAGAAAGCCGCUGGCUCUCGUCUGGACUACGAUCUGAUGAUGGCCGAGGAAUAUAUACUCAGUGAUGUGGAGAAGAACUUCAUAUUGGCGUGCGAGCGGGGUGAUCUGCCGGGCGUCAAGAUAUUACUCGAGGAAUACACUUCACAACCUGACAAAUUCAACAUCAACUGCACGGAUCCCAUGAAUCGCUCGGCACUUAUCUCGGCCAUUGAGAAUGAGAACUUUGACUUGAUGGUGUUGCUGCUGGAGCACAAUAUCGAAGUUGGUGAUGCCCUGCUGCACGCCAUCUCCGAGGAGUAUGUGGAGGCUGUCGAGGAACUGCUGCAAUGGGAGGAGACCAAUCAUAAGGAUGGCCAGCCCUAUAGCUGGGAGGCUGUUGACCGUUCCAAAUCCACCUUCACUGUGGAUAUAACGCCACUAAUACUGGCUGCACAUCGCAACAAUUACGAGAUACUUAAAAUACUUCUGGAUCGCGGUGCCACACUGCCCAUGCCGCACGAUGUCAAGUGCGGCUGUGAUGAGUGCGUUACCUCGCAAACAACCGACUCCCUUCGACACUCACAGUCGCGCAUCAACGCCUACCGCGCCCUCUCCGCCAGCUCCCUCAUUGCUCUCAGCUCGCGAGACCCCGUCCUUACGGCCUUUCAAUUGUCAUGGGAACUGAAGCGUUUGCAAGCCAUGGAGUCUGAGUUUCGUGCGGAAUAUACGGAAAUGCGUCAAGCGGUGCAGGAAUUCGUCACGUCAUUGUUGGACCAUGCACGCACAUCCAUGGAACUGGAGGUGAUGCUAAAUUUCAAUCAUGAGCCAUCACAUGACAUUUGGUUUCCCGGACAGCGUCAGACAUUGGAACGCCUAAAGCUUGCCAUACGUUACAAGCAAAAGACCUUCGUCGCCCAUCCAAAUGUCCAACAACUGUUGGCUGCCAUUUGGUAUGAAGGUUUGCCAGGUUUUCGACGCAAACAGGGCUCGCAACAGCUAAUGGAUGUCGUUAAACUGGGCUGCAGUUUUCCGAUCUACAGUUUUAAGUACAUUUUGGCGCCUGACUCGGAUGGCGCGAAAUUCAUGCGCAAGCCUUUCGUCAAGUUCAUCACCCAUUCCUGCUCAUACAUGUUCUUCCUGAUGCUUCUUGGCGCCUCCUCAUUACGUGUGGUACAAAUCACCUUUGAACUCUUGGCGUUUCCAUGGAUGACAAGCAUGUUGGAUGAUAUGCGGAAGCAUGAACGUGGCUCGCUACCGGGUCCCAUAGAACUGGCCAUUAUCAUGUAUAUAGCAGCGCUGAUAUUUGAGGAACUAAAGUCUUUAUAUUCCCAUGGCCUCUUUGAGUACAUUACGGACCUCUGGAAUAUUGUGGAUUAUAUAUCGAAUACGUUUUACGUCACUUGGAUACUUUGUCGUGCCACGGCUUGGGUUAUAGUGCAUCGGGAUCUGUGGUUCCGGAAUAUCGAUCCGUAUUUUCCACGCGAACACUGGCAUCCGUUCGAUCCCAUGCUGCUCUCUGAAGGAGCCUUUGCCGCUGGCAUGGUGUUCUCCUACUUAAAGCUGGUACACAUCUUCUCUAUUAAUCCGCAUUUGGGACCGCUGCAGGUGUCGCUGGGACGCAUGAUUAUCGAUAUUAUCAAGUUCUUCUUUAUCUAUACGCUGGUUUUGUUCGCCUUUGGCUGCGGCUUGAAUCAACUACUGUGGUACUAUGCCGAGCUGGAGAAGAACAAGUGCUACCAUCUGCAUCCGGAGGUGUCUGACUUUGAUGAUCAGGAAAAGGCUUGCACCAUAUGGCGACGUUUCUCCAACUUAUUCGAGACAUCUCAGUCGUUGUUUUGGGCCUCAUUCGGUCUCGUCGAUUUGGUGUCCUUUGAUUUGGCUGGCAUCAAGAGUUUCACGCGCUUCUGGGCCUUGCUCAUGUUUGGCUCGUACUCCGUUAUCAAUAUAAUUGUGCUGCUCAACAUGUUGAUUGCCAUGAUGUCCAACUCGUAUCAAAUCAUUUCCGAGCGCGCUGACACGGAGUGGAAGUUUGCGCGCGCCCAGCUAUGGAUGAGCUACUUCGACGAUGGCGGCACUGUGCCACCACCCUUCAAUCUUUGUCCGAACCUGAAAAUGUUGCGCAAAACGCUUGGACGUACGCGAGCCUCUCGCACCAAGAGUUUUAUGCGCAAGUCCAUGGAGAAGGCACAGACGUUGCAUGACAAAGUGAUGAAGCUGCUGGUACGACGUUAUGUUACUGCCGAGCAGCGUCGCCGGGACGAUUAUGGCAUCACUGAGGAUGAUAUCAUUGAGGUGCGCCAGGACAUUAGCUCCCUGCGUUUCGAACUGCUGGAGAUUUUCACAAACAACAGCUGGGACGUGCCGGAUAUUGAGAAGAAAACGCAAGCCGCCGCGGCUGGCACCAAGAAGGGCAAAGUAAUGGAACGACGCAUACUCAAGGACUUCCAGAUUGGCUUUGUAGAGAACUUAAAGCAAGAAAUGAGUGAGAGCGAGAGUGGAAAGGAUAUAUUCUCAUCGCUGGCCAAGGUUAUUGGCAGAAAGAAGACGCAAAAGGGUGAAAAAGACUGGAAUGCCAUUGCUAGAAAGAACACCUUUACUGCAGAUCCCAUUGGUUCCAAGCGCUCCUCUAUGCAGCGUCAUAGUCAGCGCAGUUUGCGUCGCAAGAUCAUUGAGCAGGCCAAUGAGGGUCUUCAGAUGGACCAAACCAAGCUGAUUGAAUUCAAUCCGAACUUGGGCGAGGUGACGCGUGCCACGCGAGUUGCUUACGUCAAGUUCAUGCGCAAGAAGAUGGCCGCCGACGAAGUGUCUCUGGCAGAUGACAACGAGGAUACGCCCAAGAGCGACGAGGAUCAAAAACUGGAGGCAAGCGGCUCCAAAAAGACGGCACUCGGUGGUGGAUCAUCUAUGUUGGCUGCUGCCGCUUUACGUGCUUCCGUUAAAAAUGUAGACGAAAAGAAACCCGAAGACGCGAACAAAGUAGGGGAUAAGAAGGCAGCAGCUGACAAGAAACCUGCUGGCGAAGAUAAGAAGCCUGGUGACGAUAAGAAACCACCACCAGCGGCACCAACUGGAGGAAAUGGUGGCCCCAAGCCUGGUGAACCAAAAUCAGCCUUAAAACAACCAACUGCUUCGGCAGGCGGCGCUAAGCCAACCGAGCAGCAAAAACCGGGUGAUGCUGCAAAGCCCAAUGCACCAGCGCCACCUUCCAAGCCCACAGAUGUUAAGCCUGCAGCGCCAAAGCCAGGUGAAACCGCAAAACCAGAAGCGGCGGCCAAAAAAGAGGAGGCAGCGAAAAGCGAAGCAGCUAAGCCAGCGACUGCUCCUGCUGCUGGAGCUGCCAAGAGCACUGCACCGUCUGCGCCCACGGAUGCUAAGCCCGAUACGGCUGCUAAGCCCGGCACCGCCACAGCACCAGAUACAGCACCAGGCACCACAAAAGCAGCCAACGAAACAGGCAGUGGUGGAACGCCAGCAGCCAAGCCCGAUGACAAAAAGUCAGACGAUAAGAAAGACGAUGAUAAGAAAACGGAUGAGGCUAAGAAGGAUGGGAAGCCUGAUGACAAAAAGGCAGAUGAUGCCAAGCCGGGCGACGCAGCCGCUAAGCCAGGCGAUAAGAAGCCCGAUGAUGCUAAGAAGCCAGGCGAUGAUAAAAAGCCAGCACCGGCGCCCGCAAAACCAGCCAUCAAGGUGGGUCAGAGCAGUGCUGCAGCGGGUGGUGAGCGUGGUAAGUCGACUGUUACAGGUCGCAUGAUCUCGGGCUGGUUGUAAGUUAAAUACUUGUAGUUAACUAUUUUGACACAGAAAUCCAACUCAUUAUACGAAGUGUAUGUGCCUUAAUAAACAAUAUUUUAAACAAUCA